AUGUCUUUAAUAUUUUAUUUUUCUCCCUCAUCUCCUCCUUCCAGAGCAGUUCGUUCGUUACUUUUAUUGUCAAAGGUUAUAUUUUAAGGCAAAAUAGUGGAUUUAAUGAAAGGAGAACACAAAACUCCUGAAUAUCAAUAUAUUAAUCCUAAUUAAUCUUUGCCAGCACUAGUUGAUGGAGAAUUAAAGCUUUUUGAAAGUCAUGCCAUACUUAAAUACAUAUCUAUAAAAAAAGAGUUAACAUAAUUUUAUCCAAAAGUAUGAGAAAUUACUAAAAUAUAAGGAUAUCCAAAAUAGAGCAAGAGUUGAUUGUUACCUUGAUUGGAGUCAAACAGGAUUAGAUGCAAUAGGGACAUAUACUAAUUAAUGUUUCUUAUUUCCAAUGUUGAUGAAGAAACCUGUUCCAUAAAACAAAGAAUAAAUGUAUGAUGAUACAAUAGAUACACUUAAAUUCUUUGAGUCCAUUUUCUUAAAGGGAAGAUACAUAUAAAAUCAACCAUCAAUAACAAUUGCUGAUUUAAAGUAUUUAUAAAUAAACAUAUCAUAGAUGCAUUGCUGAUUUGACCCAACUCUUAUUGACUGGCUUCGAUUUCAAUCAAUUUCCUAAAAUUAGAGAUUAUUUAUAAGAAAUGUUUUCAAUUCCAGAAAUUAGAGAAGCAUAUGCUGAAUAUAUAGAUAUGAUAAAAAAUACUAAACCUAAUGAUUCAAUAUCUUAUAUCAUUAGUGGAAUUGAUAAAAAGUUAAAUUGGCAAAUCAACUUAUAUCAUCAUCCUUUCUCAUCUCCUUCUAGAGCUGCUAGAACUGCAUUAUUAUAUAGUGGAGUUGAAUAUAAUGAAAAAAUUAUCUAUAUUUAGAAAGGAUAAAAUAAAACUCCUGAAUACUAAGCCAUUAAUCCUAAUGAAUCUCUUCCAGCAAUUUAAGAUGGCAAUUUAUGUUUAUUUGAAAGUGGUGCUAUUAUGAAGUAUGUGGCUCAAAAAUUUAAAUUAUAUAAUCUAUAUCCCUUUAAUUUUUAAGCCAAAGCAUAAAUUGAUUUAUAUAUGGACUUUCAUUUAACUGAGAUGUAAUCACUUACUAAAUAUGCUUUCUCCUGUUUUAUUGGGCCAGCUCUUAUGAAAUUACCAAUACCUUCAAAUAAAGAUGAAUAAUUAAAAGAUGUCAAAGCUACUCUUGAAUUCUUUGUUAAAGUAUUUUUAAACAAAGGAAAUUGGGCAUAUAUAAAUGGAUCAUAAAUCCCAACUUUGGCAGACAUUAAGGUUUGUUGUGAUUUAGCUUAAUUAUUAAUUACUGAUUUUCCUUUUGAACAUAUUUUAGGUUUGGAUACUUAUAUGUUAAGAGUAUUCCAAAUGCCUGAAAUGAAAAAAUCACAUAAGGAAUACUUCUAAUUUUUAUAAAGUUAAAAAAUAGGAAAAUUUGCUUUACAAAUUACAUAAAUAUAAGAAUUAAUACGACCUAAAGAAAGAUUAACAUUAUAUUUUAAUUUUGUAUCUCCACCUUCUAAAGCAGUAAAAUCAUUAUUGAAAUUGGCAUAAAUAUAAUAUACUGAAAAGGAUAUUGAUAUCUAAGGAGGAGAGAACACUAGACCUCCUUAUACUAAUAUUAAUCCAAAUUAAAGUCUUCCAGCUAUAACCUUUGGUAACUUUAAUUUGUUUGAAAGUCAUGCAAUCAUGAAAUUUAUUUGUAUUCAAUUUAAUUUGACAGAAUUCUAUCCUAAUUAUCCAUUGAGAAGCAAAAUAGAUUCCUUUUUAGAUUUCCAUCAUACAGGUUUCAAAUAAUUAACUCUCUAUUCUAUGGAUUUCUUUUUUGGUCCAAAAUUUAUGAAAAAAUAAAUGCCAAAAAAUAAGGAUGAAAGAUUAAGAGAGAUAAAUGAAUUACUUCAAUUUUUUAUAGACACCUUUUUAGGAGGUGGACAUUACAAGUACAUUAUGGGAUCAAGAACUCCAACAAUAGCAGAUUUGACGUAAAUAUAUUAAAUAAAAAUAGAUUUAUUGCAGAAAUAUCUGGUUUAUUUUUUGUAGAUUUUGAUUUUACACCUCUUCCUUCUUUAAAAAGAUAUUUAAGAAACUUAUUUGAAAUGAAAUUAAUUAGAGAUACUUAUAGCAAGUAUUUUUUAGUAGCAAGAUUUAUGACUUCAUCAAUGAAUGAUUAUAUUUCAUCUAUAGUAAAAGGAACAAAAGAAGGAGAAAAUGCAUGUUGCGAGUUAAUUUGA